UUUGUAAUCUCUUCGUAAUCUGAAGACAGACGCUAAAUCCCUCUAUUUAAAUUGCUUUAAACCUAUUAAUAGCCUCGCUCUCAGAUGAGAGCAUCAUAGCCGACAAAAACAUCGUAAUAUUCCUCGAUUAGAGUGAGGUGACUCCCAAGGCGAACGGUAUUCGGUCCGUCCACCUAUGGUCUGGCAGGUUUUUGACCAAGGCUACGGAUAAAAUGUGGGAUGAAGUUGCUCUUUCUGCGCCGGUUAAGUAUGGCGCUGUCAUAGCGGUCACAGUGAUCUGCGUUGUUCUGUUGAGGAAAUGGAUUGCUGGGGGUGUGUGUCAAUCUUCAGUCCAAUUACGUGGCAAGACGGUGUUGGUCACCGGUGCCAACACCGGCAUUGGCAAGGAAACGUGCCAUGACAUGGCACGUAGAGGGGCGCGGGUGGUGAUGGCAUGCCGGGACCUGACACGGGCUGCGAGGGCGGCGGAUGAGAUUCGUCAGGCCACAGGGAACAGCAACAUCGUAGUGCGGCACCUGGACCUGGCCUCUAUGUACUCUGUCAGAGAGUUGGCCAAAGAGUUCAUUGCCAGUGAGGAUCGCCUAGAUAUACUCAUCAACAACGCUGGUGUGAUGAUGUGCCCUAAGUGGCUAACAGAGGACGGCUUCGAGACACAACUGGCUGUCAAUCACCUCGGACACUUUCUACUGACCAAUCUCCUUCUGGGGAAGCUCAAGAGCUCCGCCCCUAGCCGUGUGGUCAAUGUGUCUAGCAUUGCCCACAAAGGGGGUAAGAUCCAGUUUGAUGAUCUUUUCUUUGCCAAGAGGCCAUACAACUCCCUGGUCAGUUACAGGCAGAGCAAGCUGGCCAACGUGCUAUUCUCCAGAGAGCUGGCCAGAAGGCUGAAAGGUACGGGGGUGACAUCCUACAGCCUGCAUCCCGGGGUGAUCAGGACAGAGCUGACUCGUCACGUGGAGACCUGGUUCCCCAUGCUGAGGGCCAUCCUGUCAGCCCCCUCCGUGCUCCUCAUGAAGACCCCCACCCAGGGUGCCCAGACCUCCAUCUACUGUGCUGUCACCCCAGGACUUGAGCACAAGUCUGGCAGCUACUUCAGUGACUGUGCCAUGACGGAGACCGCCCCAGUGGGGAGGGAUGAUGCGGUGGCCAAGAGGCUUUGGAAGGAGAGUGCCCGUCUGGUGGGUUACAUAGAGAAAGACUGAACAACCCCCUCCAUCUGAAAACUAUAGAGAAAGACUGUACAACCCCCUCCACCUUCAAACUAUAGAGAAAGACUGUACAACCCCCUACAUCUGCAAACUAUAGAGAAAGACUGAACAACCCCCUCCAUCUGAAAACUAUAGAGAAAGACUGAACAACCCCCUCCAUCUGAAAACUAUAGAGAAAGACUGUACAACCCCUCCACCUUCAAACUAUAGAGAAAGACUGAGCAACCCCUCCACCUUCAAACUAUAGAGAAAGACUGAACAACCCCUCCAUCUGAAAACUAUAGAGAAAGACUGAGCAACCCCCUCCACCUUAAAACUAUAGAGAAAGACUGAACAACCCCUACAUCUGCAAACCAUAGAGAAAGACUGAACAACCCCUCCACCUGAAAACUAUAGAGAAAGACUGUACAACCCCUCCAUCUGAAAACUAUAGAGAAAGACUGUACAACCCCCUCCAUCUGAAAACUAUAGAGAAAGACUG